GAAAAAGUAUACAUAAAUAUCUAAACAGACAAUACACACGAUUGUUAUAACUAUUCGUAUUUUGACAGAUUCUAUCAAUUAAAUCUCGAAUAAUAUUAGAGCAAGUUCUUUAUUCAAUAUAUAUAUUAAAAAGACAACUUAGAAAAAUGAUUGUCAUCAAUGUGAAAGGUUCUCAAUUUCACGUCAAAUAGAGUUGUUAUCAAACAUAUAAAUAUAUGUAUUACUGAGUUUAAUUAACAUAUAUAUAGAAUAUAUAAAAGAAAAAAAUCACAUUAUUUAAGUUAUCUAUCUUAAAAUUCAAUCAUGAAACAUUAUGAUAUUGUUGUAGAAGCAAAUGAAUUACCAACAGAACGUAAAACAACUGCAUUAACAUUAUGCGUUCAUGCGCUGGAUUAUUAUCGUACUGAGAAAGAUGUUGCAAUAUUUAUGAAAAAAAAUUUUGAUAAAUUAUAUGGACCAGUAUGGCAAUGUAUUGUAGGUCAUCAAUUUGGAACAUCAAUCACACAUGAUGAGAAAUGUUUCAUCUAUAUACAUUGUGGUGAAGUCAGUCUAUUGCUUUAUCGAUGCACGAAUUAAGUAAAUAUAUUUGUGAAACAAUUUGCAUUCCUUACUAGUUUUUUCUCGCCUUAAAUAAAAUGCUUUUAACAUACUUCAAUUUCACAAACAGCUGUGCGUUUAAUUUAUUUGUCCAUACAUAUCAAUAAUUCCGCUCACAUAAAAAUUGAAUAUUUCAAUUUUCCCAAUGAUAUUUUAAAACUGUAAUUAAUGAGUUAAUUUUGUACAAGAAAUUCUUAAAUAACCUGGUUUCACACUAAAAUUCCGAUGAUUUAAAAUGAAUUUCUAUUGGUUUCAUAUUCAUUCAACCUUUCACAGUUACUACUCUAUUAUUAAAUUUUAUCUUGUACUGUUAUUUUUAAAUUUGUAAUUUCUCUUUAUAUAGUUUCUUUCAAAAACAAAAUCAUUACACGACUUAAUUAUGAAACAUUGAAUUUCGAUCAUCUAAAUGAUUGGAAUUUGAAUUCUUGGAGUUUGUGUUGUUUUUACGAGUUAUCAAUGUUCUAUAUUGUUGUUAUUACAGUUGAAAGGUUUUUUUUCUUAAAGUGGUCCAUGUUGUAACUCCGAUAUUUAUGAAAUAAUCAAAUGUGCUAUGAAAUAAAUAUCUGCUUCAGUUUCUGUA